AUAACUACAAUGCUUCUCAAGAUGUGGAGCUCUCCUUGCAGAUUGGCGACACAGUUCACAUCCUGGAGAUGUACGAGGGUUGGUACAGAGGAUAUACCCUCCAAAAUAAAUCUAAAAAGGGCAUUUUCCCUGAAACGUAUAUCCAUUUGAAAGAGGCAACUGUGGAAGACCUGGGGCAGCAUGAAACCGUGAUUCCUGGCGAGCUUCCCCUGGUGCAGGAGCUCACAUCCACUCUGCGAGAAUGGGCUGUCAUCUGGCGAAAGCUCUACGUGAACAACAAGCUCACCCUCUUCCGCCAGCUACAGCAGAUGACGUACAGCCUGAUUGAGUGGCGGUCCCAGAUCCUGUCUGGUACGCUCCCCAAGGACGAACUGGCAGAGCUCAAGAAGAAAGUCACAGCCAAAAUUGAUCAUGGGAACAGAAUGCUGGGGUUAGAUCUGGUGGUGCGAGAUGACAACGGGAACAUCCUAGACCCUGACGAAACCAGCACCGUUGCCCUCUUCAAGGCCCACGAGGUGGCCUCCAAAAGGAUUGAGGAGAAGAUCCAAGAAGAGAAGUCAAUCCUGCAGAACCUCGACUCGCGGGGCCAGUCCAUCUUCAGUACCAUCCACACCUAUGGCCUCUAUGUGAACUUCAAGAACUUUGUCUGCAACAUCGGGGAAGAUGCAGAGUUGUUUAUGGCCCUCUAUGACCCAGACCAGUCCACUUUUAUCAGUGAGAACUAUCUAAUUCGUUGGGGCAGUAACGGGAUGCCUAAGGAAAUAGAGAAGCUCAAUAACCUCCAAGCAGUGUUUACUGACCUCAGCAGCAUGGACCUCAUCCGGCCCCGUGUCAGCCUCGUGUGCCAGAUUGUCCGUGUGGGCCACAUGGAGCUGAAGGAAGGCAAGAAGCACACCUGUGGACUCCGAAGACCUUUUGGAGUGGCAGUGAUGGAUAUUACUGAUAUCAUACAUGGGAAGGUGGAUGAUGAAGAAAAGCAGCAUUUUAUUCCCUUUCAGCAAAUUGCGAUGGAAACCUACAUCCGCCAGCGGCAGCUCAUCAUGUCACCUUUGAUAACAUCACAUGUGACUGGGGAGAAUGAGCCACUCACUUCAGUCUUGAAUAAAGUGAUUGCAGCAAAGGAAGUGAAUCACAAAGGGCAAGGACUUUGGGUAUCCUUGAAGCUCUUGCCAGGUGACCUCACACAGGUUCAGAAGAAUUUUUCACACUUGGUUGAUAGAUCAACAGCAAUAGCCCGGAAGAUGGGCUUUCCUGAAAUCAUACUGCCAGGAGAUGUUCGGAAUGACAUUUAUGUCACCCUGAUCCAUGGCGAGUUUGACAAAGGGAAGAAGAAGACGCCAAAGAAUGUGGAGGUGACGAUGUCUGUGCACGAUGAGGAAGGCAAGCUCUUGGAGAAAGCAAUUCACCCCGGUGCUGGAUAUGAAGGCAUUUCAGAAUACAAAUCAGUAGUCUAUUACCAAGUCAAGCAGCCCUGUUGGUAUGAGACUGUCAAGGUAUCCAUUGCUAUAGAAGAGGUCACACGCUGCCAUAUAAGAUUUACCUUCCGACACAGGUCAUCUCAGGAAUCCAGAGAUAAAUCGGAGCGAGCAUUUGGGGUGGCCUUCGUGAAGCUGAUGAACCCGGAUGGCACCACUCUGCAGGAUGGGAGGCACGAUCUGGUGGUUUAUAAGGGUGACAACAAAAAAAUGGAAGAUGCUAAAUUCUACCUGACCCUACCUGGGACCAAGAUGGAGAUGGAAGAAAAAGAACUUCAAGCAUCCAAAAACCUGGUCACCUUCACCCCAAGCAAGGAUAGCACUAAAGACAGCUUUCAGAUUGCCACCCUCAUCUGCUCCACAAAGCUCACCCAGAACGUUGACCUGUUAGGUUUGUUAAACUGGCGUUCCAACUCCCAGAACAUUAAACACAACCUAAAGAAGUUAAUGGAAGUGGAUGGAGGAGAGAUUGUUAAGUUUUUGCAAGAUACACUAGAUGCACUUUUUAACAUAAUGAUGGAAAUGUCAGACAGUGAAACCUAUGACUUCCUUGUGUUUGAUGCACUGGUAUUUAUUAUUUCACUGAUAGGAGACAUCAAGUUCCAGCAUUUUAAUCCUGUACUUGAAACUUACAUUUACAAGCACUUCAGUGCCACUUUGGCAUACGUGAAACUCUCCAAGGUACUGAACUUCUACGUGGCUAAUGCGGAUGACUCCAGCAAGACUGAAUUGCUUUUUGCUGCAUUGAAAGCCUUGAAGUACUUGUUUAGAUUCAUCAUCCAAUCUCGAGUGCUCUACUUGAGAUUUUAUGGCCAGAGCAAAGAUGGAGAUGAGUUUAAUGAUUCAAUCCGCCAGUUAUUUCUUGCUUUCAAUAUGCUGAUGGACAGGCCUCUGGAGGAAGCCGUCAAGAUCAAGGGGGCAGCUUUGAAGUACCUUCCUAGCAUAAUUAAUGACGUCAAACUUGUAUUUGAUCCUGUUGAGCUCAGUGUGCUCUUCUGCAAAUUCAUUCAAAGCAUUCCUGACAACCAGCUGGUUCGGCAGAAACUUAACUGCAUGACCAAGAUAGUAGAGAGUGCUCUUUUUCGACAGUCAGAGUGCAGAGAAGUGCUGCUGCCGCUGCUGACAGACCAGCUCAGUGGCCAGUUAGAUGACAACUCCAGCAAGCCUGACCACGAGGCAAGCUCGCAGCUUCUGAGCAACAUCCUGGAGGUGCUGGACAGGAAGGAUGUGGGCGCUACUGCAAUGCACAUUCAGCUUAUAAUGGAACGGCUGCUGAGAAGGAUCAACCGGACAGUGAUUGGGAUGAGCCGGCAGUCUCCCCACAUCGGGAGUUUUGUGGCUUGCAUGAUUGCCAUCCUGCAGCAAAUGGACGACAGCCACUAUAGCCACUACAUCAGCACUUUCAAAACCAGACAAGACAUCAUUGACUUCCUCAUGGAAACUUUUAUCAUGUUCAAGGACCUGAUUGGAAAAAAUGUCUAUGCCAAAGAUUGGAUGGUGAUGAAUAUGACUCAGAACAGGGUUUUUCUCCGUGCUAUAAAUCAGUUUGCUGAAGUUCUCACAAGAUUCUUCAUGGAUCAGGCAAGCUUUGAACUUCAGCUCUGGAACAAUUACUUCCAUUUGGCAGUAGCAUUUCUCACCCAUGAGUUCCUUCAGCUUGAAACCUUCUCACAAGCCAAGCGCAACAAAAUUGUUAAAAAAUAUGGGGACAUGAGAAAGGAAAUCGGCUUUAGAAUCCGGGACAUGUGGUAUAACCUGGGUCCCCAUAAAAUCAAAUUCAUCCCAUCCAUGGUGGGUCCCAUUCUGGAGGUCACUCUGACCCCCGAAGUAGAGCUCCGGAAAGCCACAAUCCCCAUUUUCUUUGAUAUGAUGCAGUGUGAGUUCAAUUUCAGUGGAAAUGGCAAUUUCCAUAUGUUUGAGAACGAGCUGAUCACAAAGCUGGACCAGGAGGUAGAAGGGGGCAGAGGAGACGAACAAUACAAGGUUCUUCUGGAAAAACUGCUCCUAGAACAUUGCCGGAAACACAAAUACCUCUCCAGCUCUGGGGAGGUCUUUGCCCUCCUGGUCAGCAGCCUCUUAGAGAACCUGCUGGACUACAGAACCAUCAUCAUGCACGAUGAGAGCAAGGAGAACCGAUAUCUGUACAAGCUUCGAGAUUUGCACCGAGACUGUGAGAACUACACAGAAGCUGCCUACACCCUUCUCUUGCACGCUGAGCUUCUGCAGUGGUCUGACAAACCCUGUGUGCCUCAUUUACUUCAGAGGGACAGUUACUAUGUUUAUACCCAGCAAGAGCUUAAAGAGAAGCUGUAUCAAGAAAUCAUAUCAUAUUUUGACAAAGGCAAAAUGUGGGAGAAAGCCAUCAAACUGAGCAAAGAGUUGGCCGAGACUUACGAAAGCAAAGUAUUUGACUACGAGGGCCUUGGCAACCUCCUGAAAAAAAGGGCCUCGUUUUAUGAGAACAUCAUUAAGGCAAUGAGGCCUCAGCCUGAGUACUUUGCUGUUGGAUACUAUGGACAGGGCUUCCCUUCUUUCCUGCGGAAUAAAAUCUUCAUCUACCGGGGAAAGGAGUAUGAGAGGCGAGAGGACUUCAGCCUGAGGUUGCUAACCCAGUUCCCCAAUGCGGAGAAGAUGACCAGCACCACGCCUCCUGGGGAAGACAUCAAGUCCUCCCCCAAGCAGUACAUGCAGUGCUUCACCGUAAAGCCAGUGAUGAGCUUGCCGCCCAGCUACAAGGAUAAACCAGUUCCGGAGCAGAUCCUAAACUACUACAGAGCCAAUGAAGUGCAGCAGUUCAGAUACUCCCGGCCGUUCCGGAAAGGAGAAAAGGAUCCAGACAACGAAUUUGCUACGAUGUGGAUUGAACGGACCACGUAUACGACUGCAUAUACCUUUCCAGGGAUUCUCAAGUGGUUUGAAGUCAAACAGAUUUCAACAGAGGAGAUCAGUCCUCUGGAGAAUGCCAUCGAAACCAUGGAGCUGACCAAUGAGAGGAUCAGCAACUGUGUUCAACAGCACGCCUGGGACCGGUCCCUCUCUGUGCAUCCCCUCUCCAUGCUGCUCAGUGGCAUCGUGGACCCGGCUGUCAUGGGGGGCUUCUCCAACUAUGAAAAGGCUUUCUUUACAGAAAAGUACUUGCAGGAGCAUCCUGAAGACCAGGAGAAGGUUGAGCUGCUAAAGCGACUAAUAGCAUUACAGAUGCCUCUGCUAACGGAAGGGAUCCGCAUCCAUGGGGAGAAACUGACAGAGCAGCUGAAGCCGCUGCAUGAGCGGUUGUCUUCUUGCUUCCGGGAACUCAAGGAGAAAGUAGAAAAGCACUAUGGGGUUAUAACACUGCCACCCAACUUGAGGGAGAGGAAGCAAAGCCGCACGGGGUCUAUUGUGCUGCCCUACAUCAUGUCUUCCACUCUGCGGAGGCUGUCCAUCACCUCAGUCACGUCCUCUGUGGUUUCCACCUCUUCAAACUCAUCUGACAAUGCUCCUUCCAGACCGGGAUCUGAUGGCUCGAUCCUGGAGCCACUUUUGGAGCGCAGGGCCUGCUCCCCAUCGUUGCAGACAGAUGGAAUCGCGGCCACUCCUGUCCCACCUCCACCUCCCCCCAAAAGCAAGCCCUAUGAGGGCAGCCAGAGGAACUCCACUGAGCUCGCUCCCCCACUGCCUGCACGAAGAGAAGCCAAAGCACCACCCCCUCCACCUCCAAAGGCUCGGAAGUCUGGCAUCCCUACUUCCGAGCCUGGAUCCCAGUAAGGAUCUUGCCCUCUCUGCAACACCGAGUGCCUUAGACAGCUGCUGCCUGAGAACUGGCCUCCAGCCGAUGUCCUCAUUCCACGGGGCUCCCUGCUGGCUGCGUUUCCUGAUCUGGGAUGAUGUUUACCAGCUCAAAACCGGUUAUGUUCUUCCAAAAGCUUCUCUUUGAUAGAAGUUUGAGGCCAUGCCACCUCCCUUCCAGUCCACAUGAAAUUCCAGAAUCAGUCACAGCCUCUGAAUUUCUCAAAGAAGAGAUCACAUUCAGCAUUGUUAAAUGUCAGCCUGUACCGCAGAGACAUGAUGGUCUGCUCAAGCCUGGACAAGUUCUUCCACAUUGAUGGUGGAAUCUUCUCGGAAGGAUUUGUUGCUUUAUGAAAAGCUGUGCUGGAGACUUAGGUACUUUUCUCACGUGGACACACCCAUCCCAUCCCAUAUCGCAUCUUGGAAGAGAUGGAUAUCAAAUACACUUUGGUAGCUGAAAUAAUCUUAUCUUUCUGAUGUCUAUCGUGUCUCCUUUGAGGAAAAGAACACACAUUUUUAAUGGAGAUUGGCUGCUUUCAGGUAUGUGUGGCUGUCAUUAAAAGAGCAUGGACUCAAACGUGAGCCCUGAGUUCUUGUGUCCACCCAACUCCCAUCUUCUCGUGGCACAGGAAAGCUGCCGUCUCCCUGUCUCACCACACUCUUGACUAAUGACCCUCAUGGCACCGCAGUCAUUCCUUCCCUAUGGACUUCUUUGAAGCUCUUCCUUUUGCACAUACGGUUUUUUUGUUUUUUUUUUU